AUGAAGUUGUUAUUGAAUGUAUUUGAACAUGGCGUCCGAAGAAUCCAAAGCAACCUGCACAUUUCUUUUUAAAAAGUCAAAUAAGAAGUUCUCUGCUCGAAAGAGGAAAGCCAGCGAUAGCGACAAAGACAGAAGCAGCGAUGAGGAAAAAAACGUUGUGAUAAGAAGAGAGAAGAAACCCAGUGUUGCCAACCCCAUGAUACAAAGGACGAAGAAGGUGGAGAGGGAAGCAGUUUCAUCAAGUGAAAGCGAUGACGACCGCCAGGCCAAAAAGAUUACAGUGGCGUAUAAGUCUACGCGGUCAGCGAAACCAGAGGGACCUGAAGACAUGGGGGCCACUGCUGUGUAUGCAUUGGACACAGAGAGAGACAAAGAUGCUCAGGCCAUCUUUGAGCGCAGCCAGAAAAUUCAAGAGGAGCUGUCAGGUAAAGAGGAUGAUAAGAUCUACCGUGGCAUCAACAACUAUCAAAAAUUCAUCAAGCCUAAAGAUUCCACUAUGGGCAACGCAUCAUCUGGCAUGGUCAGAAAAGGACCAAUCAGGGCUCCCGAACACCUGAGGGCUACGGUGCGGUGGGACUACCAGCCUGACAUAUGCAAAGACUACAAAGAGACUGGCUUUUGUGGAUUUGGAGAUAGUUGCAAGUUCUUGCAUGACCGUUCAGACUAUAAACAUGGCUGGCAGAUUGAAAGGGAGCUGGAGGAGGGAAGAUAUGGGGCCAAUGAUGAAGAGAACUACGAGGUCAGCAGUGAUGAGGAGGACCUGCCUUUCAAAUGCUUCAUCUGCAGGGAGGCUUUCAAGAACCCUAUUAUUACAAAGUGCAGACAUUAUUUCUGUGAGUCUUGCGCUCUCCAGCACUACCGCAAGUCUAAGCGGUGUUAUGUGUGCAACCAGCAGACCAAUGGCGUCUUUAACCCAGCCAAAGAGCUGAUGGCAAAGAUUCAGAAACACCAAGCUGCCACAGACCAGCCGCCCCUAGAUGAAGACUAGUUAUCAUUUUCUCCCAUUUCUUCUCACCUUUUUGUCUGAUAAUUUUCCACUGCUAUAAAUUGUAAUGUCAAGACUUAUAAAAUAAAUAAUUUUUUUAAGUAA